GAGAAAUCAGAGCAUCCUUUUUCUUUAAAGAAGGAAGCUUAUUUUGAGGCCAUAAGGAAGGCACCCAGAGGAAGUGGAGCAGGGCCUUCUGGUUGGCGAUAUGAACAUCUUCGUGGGCUCCUGGAGAAUGAUUUGACUUGUAACUUGUUCUAUGGAGUGUGCUCGCUCAUUGCAGAUGGUAAAGUUCCGGAUUCAGUUCUGCCACUUCUGACAGCAUCUCGACUCAUUGCCUUACCAAAAGCAAAUUCUGAUGUAAGACCCAUUGCCAUCGGUGAAGCUAUCAGGAGAAUUACAGCUAAGGCUCUGUGUAUUCAGCUGAAUGAAUCUUUCUGCUCCUACUUUUCCCCCAUACAACAUGGCAUUGCUACACGUGGUGGGGCAGAGUUAUUGAUACACCACAUUUCGUUUCUCAUGGAGAGCAAUCCCGACUGUUCAGUUCUCUCUACGGAUGUAAAAAACGCCUUUAACUCGGUAUCAAGGGAUAGCAUACUCAAAGAAUCAAAGAAGAACUUUCCUGAAAUCUAUGCCCAUGUGAGACAAAUGUAUGAUAGACCAAGUACUUUGAUAUAUGUCAACGGUCAGGGGACGGUGAAAUUGCAGUCAGAAGAAGGUGUCCAUCAGGGUGACCCCCUUGGACCAGUUUUGUUCUCGGCAGCAUUACACCCCAUUGUAACAGUUAUUCAGAAUAACCACCCGGGCAUUACGCUUUUGGCAUAUCUGGAUGAUGUCUAUGUUCUGGGACCACCAAAAGAUGCUUUAGCAGUUCUUUUGGAUUUGAAGGCAUCCCUUUCUGAGAUCGGUCUAGAAAUCAAAGAUGAAAAAUGCAAAUUGUAUUUUCCCACUGCUCCUGAUAAUUUCAGCGCUGGUGUCCCAGUUAGCAAAGAUGGAAUCGACGUGUUGGGGUCACCUGUAGGCAAUCAUGAUUAUGUUCAGUCUAGGUGCCUGGCUGUGGCUAACAUGGGCAGCUCGUUGUGUUCAAAGCUACUUGAACUUGACGACCCUCAGUGUGGUCUCCUUUUGCUCAGACAUUGUCAUGUCCCCAGGCUGAAUUUUUUGGCUAGGACUGUGCCACCUGACAGGUUACUGCAUGCAGCUGUUUGUCAUGACCACCUUACAAGGGCUACUUUCACUGACAUGGUUGGUUUGAACGAAUUGGAUGACACCGGAUGGAGCCAGGCCACUCUGAAGGUCGGGUUCGGCGGAUUUGGCUUAUCAUCAACUCAGAAGAUGGCUCACCUAGCAUUUCUGGCGUCAUGGGCACACUCUUUGAAAGAACUGCCAUUGAGAUUUCCACCUCUGAAAGAUCGUUUAGAACGGUUUAUUGAAGGUAGCAAUACAGGACAACUUAUUCGUACAUUGGUGGCAAAACUACCACCCAAGUCGGGUGCAGAUGAUGACGAGCAGUUUCACACCUUAGAGCAGAUGACAGAAUACCCUAGAAAAUUGCAACAUCGCCUGACGGUAGACGCUUCUCAUAAACGAUCAGAAGAAGUUAUCAAAAGCAUGAACUCAGAGAGACAUGUUGCAAGGAUCAGGUCCUUACACGGAAAAGGAGCUGGAGCAUGGCUAGAGGUAAUACCAACUUCAGACAAGAACGCACUGAAGCCGAAUGAAUUUCGUGUAGCGUCUUGUAUGAGGUUGGGUGCUGGUUUGCCUUUCAGCCGGCUGCUUAAGACGUGUGACUGUGGAACUGAGCUGGAUCGCGAGGGCUAUCACCUUUUGACAUGUAAAUAUGGAGGUGGACCUGUGUGGACGCAUAACUCCAUAGUGUCUGCAUGGAGUGAUUGCCUAAGCGAUUUACUCAUUCCCCAUCAAAUAGAACCGAGACAGCGAUUUGUAGACAACGAAAACCGGCCUGACAUCACGCUUUACGACACUGACACUGGGAUCACAAAAGAAUGUGAUGUUUCGAUAGCUCACCCUUGGAGCAAAGACAUUAUUAAAGGUGCAGCCAGAGAAGGUGGCCAUGCAGCAGCUAAACGAGAGGCAGCAAAGUCAAAAAAAUACUCAGAGGAAUCGCUUGCGGAUGGAUCGAAGCCUAUAGUUGUCCCACUCGUCUUUGAACACUUCGGCAGGUGGGGCUUAAAGGCUGACGAGCUGAUGAAUGAACUGGGGAAGAAGGCGAGAGGCUUUGAUGGAAGAAGAAUUGCGGUAGAGUUUAAAACCUUCUGGAGGAAAAGACUGUCUAUUACUCUUCAAAAAUGCAACAGCAGAGUGAUUUUGCGGAAGCUGUCAAGGCUUUCUGUGCGCUCAUUAGGAGAUGACAGUGUUUUGGGAGUAGAUAGAGACAUUCAGUGUUUUACUCAUUAGCAAUAGUCUCGGACUACAAGUAGAACAUUUCAUUUUAACAAUAACUGUUUGUAGUAGUGAAGAUUGUUGACAAUAAACUUGAUUCUGUCUGUCUGUCUGUCUGUCUGUCUGU